AAAUAAUUGCAGUAGACUGCGUUCUAGCAUCAGUCAAGAUUUGCAAUAGAACAGCGUUACUAACCAAAAGCAAACAUGUUCAAAGUAAUUACAUUGGUCGCCUGCCUGGCCGUCGCCAUUGUUGCCAUCGAGGAGUACGACUCCCAUCCAAAGUAUAAGUUCGAGUAUGGAGUCAAGGAUGAGCACACCCACGAUCACAAAACCCAGUGGGAACACCGCGACGGUGAUGUGGUGAAAGGACAGUACACCUUGGAUGAAGCCGAUGGAACUCACCGAGUCGUAGACUACAGUUCGGACCAUAAAAUCGGGUUCCAGGCUCAUGUUCAGCGCAGUGGCCAUGCUCAUCACCCGCAUGGCGAAAGUUACGCCAACAUUGAUCAACAUCAUUGAAAAAGUUUUUCUGGAUGAUUCUACUGUGAAAGAUAUGCUUGAUGAUUUGAGAAUAUAUUGAAUGAAUGGUGAA